UCUUAGCUAGAGGAACAGAAGGAGCGCAGGUCGGAUAAAAGGAUAAACGCUGCUCUUUUUUCCUACAUUUUAAAGAUGGGGGAGUGAAAGAGCGUGUGCGCCCGUCGUGUCAUAACGCAUCCACCGACUAGCCCAAAACAAGCGCGCCACCGUCCGUCCAUGGCGUAAAAACAGGGGGUAAGUCUACAUAAAUAUAAGUGAAAUAAUUAAAUAAUUCGCUGUGGCGAGAAGAGCGUCAUCCGCAGUGUGUCUCUCUCUCCUUGCACCACCUAAGUGCAGCUGAGACAGAAGAGAGACGAGGAUACAGCAGGGAGGGGAGAGAGGAACCGCUUCCCUUACCGAAUCAAGGAGAGAGGAGACGCGACUUGCAGACAGAAAAUAACGGGAAUAUACCUAACGUAUCUGUGACCAACCGGCACUGCGAAUGUUUUGGAGGUGUUUUUAACGGUGAGCAGGGAUUCGAUGUUGCAGCGGCCUACCUGAAGAACCGCACAUGUCGGCACGUUCGAGCACCCCAUCUCCAUCCCCGCCCUGCGCGGAGCCCUGUUCGGUCUGAAACGGCAGGGCCAGGCGGGUUACCGAAUAUCGGAACCGUUCACGGAACCGGGGAACAGUGAUGCGUUAUCGAAGCGGAAUCAGAUCGACGAUUUUAUGAUACGAGUCUGGUAUGACCUAAUCAAUUAAUGAUUUAUUAUUCAUUGAUGUGGACGGACCAAUCAAACGACUGAUUUUAUGGAUUCAUGUUGUUGACGUUUUCUUGAAUGGAAUGAUUCCAAUAACCGGUGCUCUGGUAGUUCUGCUUUAUCGGUGUGAUGUGCUUUAUGUAAGGAUCCAUAGGCUAUAGGCUAGGCUAUAUCCAUGACAGAAAUAUAUAAAUAAAUACCAAAUUUAGGCCGAUGACAGGCUGAUGACGCCAAUACGGCAAAGCAACCCUCACAGUUGUAACCGAAAUAAUCCACGUGCUUCUUCCUGUCCGUCAGUAGAUACAUGGAUCAUUUCCGUUAGAUCAAUGCGUUUGUCUUCUGUGUAAAAAUAUGUUUCGUUAUUUCAAAAACGACUGGAGCAACGUUUUUUUCCUCCCUCGGCUGUAUUGAGACGGUAUAGGCAGCAGGCAGGCAGUCACAAGGUGCGAAACGAAUUGAACUUCAAGCAACAGCAGAACACACAGCCUAUUUAUUUUACCCUCCUGUCCUCUAAUCUUACAUCCAUCCAUCUCUGGACUGCAGCACUCCGUCUCUAUCCCUCCCUCCUUCCUCCCUCCUUCAUCUAAUUCCUCACUAUGUUCUAUUCCCAGAUUACUCAUUUUGAUUUAAAAAAAUAAUUACGUAUUGGCUCUAUAAGAGGUUUUAAAAAACAGUUUUUCGCCUCCAUCCUGUACACCUCUCCUUCACUAUCAUACCAUCGGUGCAUCUGGUCACACACGCACACACAUUUGACACACACACCGGGCCGCUCGCUAACACGGCACGGCAACGAUGGAGACGACUAAACUACCCCCGACCAGCCCUUCCUCCCCGACCACCGGGUUCUCGGUCCCAUCAGCGGAGAAGGUGGAUGGGUUUCCCCGGCGGUCGAUGCGCAGAGCCCGGCAGAGGCGCUCCCACUCCUCGUCCCAGUUCCGCUACCAGAGCUCCCAGGUCGAGCUGACGCCGCUGCCGCUACUCAAAGAUGCCCCAGUGGCAGAGCUCCAUAACCUGUUCUGUAAGAAGCUGCAGCAGUGCUGUGUCCUCUUUGACUUCCUGGACUGUGUGGCCGACCUCAAGGGGAAGGAGAUCAAACGAGCUGCGCUCAACGAGCUGGUGGAGUCUGUUGCAACCAGCAGAGGAGUUCUGAUAGAGCCACUCUACCCAGAGGCUAUUAAGAUGAUCUCAGUGAAUAUCUUCAGGACGUUACCUCCCAGUGAGAACCCAGAGUUUGACCCGGAGGAGGAUGAACCCACUCUAGAGGCCUCCUGGCCACACCUACAGCUGGUGUACGAGUUCUUUCUGCGUUUCCUGGAGAGCCCAGACUUUCAGCCCUCCAUGGCCAAACGCUACGUCGACCAGAAGUUUGUUCUACAGCUGCUGGAGUUGUUUGACAGUGAGGAUCCCAGGGAGAGAGAAUACCUGAAGACCAUCCUGCAUCGUGUCUACGGCAAACUGCUGGGUCUACGGGCGUACAUACGUAAACAGAUCAACAACAUCUUCCUCAGGUUCAUCUAUGAGACUGAACACUUCAACGGAGUAGCAGAGCUACUGGAGAUUCUGGGCAGCAUUAUAAACGGGUUUGCGCUACCCCUGAAGUCGGAACACAAGCAGUUCCUGGUUCGAGUCCUGAUCCCUCUACACACAGCCAAGUCCCUGUCCAUCUUCCAUGCACAGCUGGCAUACUGUGUGGUCCAGUUCAUGGAGAAAGAUGCCACGGUCACAGAAUACAUCAUACGAGGGCUGCUCAAGUACUGGCCCAAAACCUGCACCCAGAAAGAGGUGAUGUUCCUAGGGGAGAUAGAAGAGAUACUGGAUGUGAUUGAGCCGUCUCAGUUUAUCCGUGUUCAGGAGCCUCUCUUCAAACAGAUCACUGCCUGCAUCUCAAGUCCACACUUCCAGGUAGCAGAGAGGGCUCUGUACUUCUGGAACAAUGAGUACAUCCUGUCUUUGAUAGAGGAGAACAGUCAGGUGAUUCUACCGCUGGUCUUCACUACACUCUACAGAGUCUCCAAGGAGCACUGGAACCAGACAAUAGUCUCUCUGAUCUACAACGUUCUGAAGACCUUUAUGGAGAUGAACAGCAAACUGUUUGAUGACCUCACUGCCUCUUACAAAGUAGACAAACAGAAGGAGUUGAAGAGGGAGCGUGAGCGUGCAGAGCUGUGGCGGGGGUUGGAGGAGCAGAAGGAGAGGAGGCUUCAGACCCUGGGGGAGACCAGUCGUAAUCAGAAGAACCUCCAGGAGAGAGGGGAGCCUCCUCAGCCCUCCUCCCCACAGACGGCACUCCCUAAGCAGCCAGACCUCAAGCCCAGUGGACCCUCCUCCACCACCUAGAGCCAGACAGAGAAUCAGUACCAGAGCCACAGAGUACAGAACAUACUGAUACAGUUAGCACACACACACACACACACACACACACACACACACACACACACACACACACACACACACACACACACACACACACACACACACACACACACACACACACACACACAGAUAACUUACACAUAGCCAUACACAGGCAUAACGUAUACUGUGUACACACGCUCAUGCAAAGUGUACAGAAAUACAAAAUAUGAAUUGACUCACACACACACAAACACACACUAAUUACAUACACAGACUGAAUACACAGACUGAACACACCGACUGAAUACACAGAGAACACACAGAUUGAACACACAGACUGAACACACAGACUGAACACACAGACUGAACACACAGACUGAACACACAGACUGAACACACAGAGAACACACAGACUGAACACACAGACUGAACACACAGAGAACACACAGACUGAACACACAGACUGAAUACACAGAGAACACACAGAGAACACACAGACUGAACACACAGACUGAACACACAGAGAACACACAGACUGAACACACAGACUGAAUACACAGACUGAACACACAGACUGAGUACACAGAGACUGAAUUACACAAGCAGCCCUGUACACAAGUGGUUCCCAACAUUUUUUUUUAACUGAGGCUCACCUUGAUGGGAUAAAGAAUUCUGCACUUAUUUAUUUGUAUAUUGGUAAUGAUCUCCAUCUCAUCUGUCCCAUACAGCAAAAUCAUCUAUUUCCCGUGACAAACGUUUAUUCUAGAUUAAAUAGUUUUUUUGUUAACUAUUUUCAUAGUUCCUUACUCAUGAUGAUUAAGUUGUGUGUACCCCUUUAAGUGUUUCCCGCCAAUUCAAGCACUAUAAGACAAAACAUGUAGCUACGGUAAAAAUAGGUGUUUAUUUUUUAACAGACAUCCGUUUUUCUGUUUUUCUGUCAUUCAUUAAGAUGCAACAACAGACACGAUGUCAUCCAUGCUCCGUUUGUUUAUAUGGUACAGCUAACAGAGCAUUCACACCUAUCCACGCUAGCCCUGCCCUCAUGUGGGUGCUAGCAAGCAAGCUAGGUAGUGCUACAUAUCAACAGCCAUUGUCAGCCAAUUCAGUAAGGGGUUGGAAGCCAUGUGAGCUUUCGAUUGGUCACUUGCGUCACGAUAUUCUCUGAGGAUUUGCAUAAAGUUGAGCGUUACCCAACUUUAGUCCCACCCUGUUCAGUUCCCUCUCCCUGCCCACUUCCCCUCGCCUACUUCCCCUCGCCCACUUCCCCUCGC